AUGGAUCAAUUUGGCAGUCUAAGUAUUGAGGACGAAUUUGAGUCAAAGUUGACUGAAGAUGAACUAUUAAGCAUUUCAACUUUAAGUAUAUCCGAUGCCAGUCAGAGAUUGUCGGCGAACAUUCUCAAUAAAUACAUGCAGCACUUUCCGACAUCUCCAUCGCCCUUGAGGAACUCGACUAAUUUUCUGGAAGCAUUUAGUGAUGAGAUGGACGUGGAUGAAGAGUUUGUUGAACAAGAUAAAGAAACCAUUACGGAAAGUAUACAUACCAUAGAGGAAGCAUUGCCAAAGGUUACUUUUGAGCUACCUGAUAUUGGCAGGAAGCGUAUCGAGAAGGAGAAAGUAGUGGAAAAAAAAGGACACAAAGAAAAGGCGAGGGUCAAGAGUAAAUCAGACAAGGAAGAUAAUGCUGAAGAGAUCAAUGUAAAUAGCAAGCAGGUCUUUAAGGCAUUGUUAUCGCCAACAUCCUUGGGUAUAGCAGCCGCUACAAAGAUUGAGGGACUUCCUGUGGAAUAUGCACCUCAUGAAGAAAAUGAGUCGAAGCUCGCCGAGACACAUAACUGUUUCACAACUCAAACAGCUUCAACUGGUUGGGACUCGGCAGAAAUCAAAGAAGAGUUGCGGCUGCGAAAUAAAACGCAACCCAUUCAGGUUUCAAUAAACAAUCAUCAUCACUACUAUCCAAGUACAGGAGGUUACUACACAGAGUCAGAGUCGGCACCUUUCAUAUACAAACAGCAGACUGGCUAUGAUCGACAGCAAGACGUUUCAAUGCACGAAUACGACAAACUCAAAUUACCGGUACCUUGGUCAGAAAAUUCACGGCCAUUUUCGAAGCAUUCAUACGAUAUAAUGUCAUAUCUACAGCUUUUUUUGAACUGCAUAACUAUAACCACCAUCUUUUCAUUCAUCACUUCGUUCAUACGGACUUUGAGAAAGGAUAUUAAAUCAACAUGGGAACAUAGAAAAUUGGAGCUAAACUACGAAUCGUCACUUUGCAAAAAUCACUACUUGGCUAAUGAGUGUCACAUUCAAGUGAGGCCCGCGCUAAAAGAGCAAUGCCAACAAUGGGAUCUUUGCAUGAAUAGAAACAAUGAUAUAUUUUUCCGAGCUCGCUCUACAUUGAGUGCUAAGCUGUUUGGUGAAAUAAUCAAUUCAUUCAUAGAACCCAUCGGCUGGAAAGCCCUAUCUGUAGUCAUAAUCAGCAUCGUCGUAUGGUCCUUUUGUUCAAACUUUUUACUGGGAUUCGCUAGGGCUAAGAGCUACUACGGCGCUCCCUCGCGCCAACUAUUAGCACUUCAACAAGAACAACAAUUACUGCAGGAUCAAAGCCAUCAUCAGCGUCAGGCCCAAAAUCGAAAUCACGAACAUCAUCAUGAAAAUGCAUCGAGAGAGCUUCAACACUGA